GCGGUUUGUUCUCCGGUCAACGGUGUGACUGAUUAUCAAGGCUUGGUCUCAGGUCAACAGCGUGAUUGGUCAUCAGGUCAACAGUGAAAUGGGGAGGCGCUUAGCAGCUGCAUUGCGCGAGUGGAAACAUGUGGUCGUACGACGGACGGCUGGGGGAGCAUCCUCCUUGGGAAGACAACAGCAGAUUGAGAGGAAUGUUGUUCUGCUGCGGCAAAUGCAAGCGAGAAAACAGCACCACCCUGAUGCUCUGUGUGGGGGAUUUAGCGGGACUGCAGCUGCACGCUUGUCUUGGAAAAUGCAGCAGCGAUCGAGUUCAAGUUACCAUGGAGAGUCUGUAUCUUCUGUCACAUUGGGUGCCAGCGGCCAACCCACAGCAGACACAGAUGUAUCGAGGAUGAUGUUCUGGAGUUCCGCAGAGCCGUCACAUGGUGGGCCUAUGCCCCCUCCUGUGCCCAGGCUGGUGGCUAGCCGGGUCGGCUGCAUGCGAGGAGGAGAGGUUAUCUUGAGAGAGAUGAACCUCACUCUGCAUGAGGGAGAUGCAGCUGUGCUGACCGGACCGAAUGGGAGUGGGAAAUCAACGAUGCUAAGACUGCUUGCAGGAUUCAUAAAACCAUCGGCCGGGCGAGUUCUUUGGGAUGGCGUCGACCUUAGUCAGCCUGGCAUGUACGACAGUAUGGCAGCGGGGCUUCAAGCGGCCAUAGCCGGGCUGCAGGGGCGUGGGCAGGUGGAGGCGACGGUGGUCCUCAGGAAGGAGGCGCAGGCCAGCCCCAAGAGGCCGAUCACUCCUCCCAUGCCAGUUGGGCAGGCAGAUGAAUCGCAACUCGCAUUUCUCGGACGUCUCCAACAUUACACAGAGACUGCUGCAGCCGAACUUCGCAAAUGGGAAAAGGAGGAUGCCACCCGCCAACAGGCAAUUCAAUGCCAGCUGGAAGAGGCCGAAGCGGCACGUCAGCAGGCCGCAGCCGAAGCUGCAGCAGCCGCAUGGUUGCAGCAACAGCAGGUCGAGGCAAGUCAGAAUCAAGCUCGUUACCAGGCCACAAUGGACCUCGCAAAAGACGAAGCCACGUACCGCAGGCUACUUCGACGACAACAUUUCCAAGCAACCGAAGCACAAGAGGAGCCGACCGAUGAAGAGAGUGACAAGGAAUCCACAGCAGUAUUGAUGGAGAAUCUGCUGUACACGUGCAAUUGGCAGCAACGUGAACUGCUGGCCAUGUGGCAGAUCUCGAUAAACCUGAAGAUUGUGGCAUUGCAGGCCGAGAACAGCACAUUGCAGGCCGCCAACAGCCAGCAGCACACCAUCAACGACCAGCUGCAGACCACCGUCAGCACAAGGUUGGCACGACUGUCUGCAGUUGAGUCGACGGGCAGUGCAGUGGCAGACUGCAGCCCAACUUUGGCCACUCAAGCCAAGCAACUCGAAGAGCGGAUGAACCACGUGGUAGCAUCCCUUGGCGACGUCAGCCAGUUUGUUGGAGCAUCGACAGUCAGCAAUCAGCUGCAGACGCUCAGCGACCACGUUCAACAACGAACGGCCGCCGUCGUCAAGGAAUGGAAGAUGCCGAACUUCAAGAUUGAGAAGUUCGAUGACUACCACAAGACUGAUCCGUUGCAAUGGUGGAUGGCAUUCAACGCAGAGGCGGAUGUACAUCACACCCCACCACUACGGCGGCUUGACGCACUCUACGUCCAACUCAUUGGAGGGGCGCAAGCUUUCAUGACUCACAUGGGCGUCACGUUGGAAUGCACCAUCGCCACCCUCCACGCCAAGAUCACGUGGGAGGAAUUCCAGAAGAAUUGGAAGACCCGGUUUAUGGUCAACAACGACAAACGUCAUGCCUUGAACAAGAUCUUCCACAUGUUUCAAGGCCAGCAACCAUCACGGGAAUGGCUGACGGAGUGGCAAAGACUCGUUGCCACCCCGAAGUUGAACCUGCCAUUCGACGCAAUCCGGUCCGAAUUUUUUGCCUGCUCUUGCGAUGCCUUGACAGCUGCCCUUGGCAGCGAAUUUCAGUAUGGGACCUUUGAUGAGAUGAUCUCAAGGCAAGGGAACUCAUACAAGCUCCCGUACGACGAACUGAAACCAUUGCCGAUUCCUGGGGAACCAGGUCUCUCCAUUGCUAUGGACGUGACCGACCCUUUCCCUCGCGAUCGCCUUGGCCAUGAUGGUAUUCUCACUGUCGUCGACCGUUUGAGCAAGUACGCUCGAUUUCUUCCAGUUUUUCAGCCACAGGUGCACAUAUUGGGGUCAAAGGAUGCGAUUAAGGCUCGACUUACAGUGCAUGAAAAUGUGAGAUUCUGGGCGGAUCUCGAAGGCUGCCCUGAAACAACUGAUGGUGCCCUCCAUAGACUGGGAAUCGACCGUCUCGCUAAUCUGAAAGGAGGCAUGCUUUCCCUAGGACAGAGGAAAAGGCUUCAGCUAGCUCGCUUGGUGGCGAUACCAAGACCUCUUUGGUUACUUGAUGAGCCGUCUGUCGGUCUGGACCAGCAGGGUGCCAAGUUGCUUGAAGAUUUGAUCAGGGACCACCGGAGUCGAGGGGGUAUUGCGCUGGUGGCUACCCAUACACCGAUACAAGUUGAAGAUAGCAUGUCCCUGAUGUUCCGUGCCAGAGAACGGAUGUUGAAGACAUUUCUGGAGAGCGAGUUCGACUGAGAGAUUCACAAAGUGGCACUAAAUUUUGACAUUGGUUGUGACGUUCGACAACAUCCCGCCUGGUUGUUGCCGAGAUGACUUACGAACGAGCACUUGAUAAAGCGAGCGAACGGACACCGCUACACUAUGAUUUCGACACGAAAAAAAAAGGUGGCAUGCAGAGCAGGUGGGUAGGUAACAAGUGCUCAGAAGCCGAAGUUGAGUGCGGAUUCAUGCGAGGUAUUUUAACUUUUCUGAGAGAAUUCGGCGGGGGGCAUGCAGGUCCUUUUGGCGAACAGGCAAGUAAAGGCCACAGGGUAGU